AUGGCGGACAAUGAAAUAUCCCAACAUUUUUUGAGCUGCCAUUUCUGUAAUAUGGAUGUCCAGUUCUUUUGCAAACCUUGUGGAAAAAGACUGUGUAGAGAAUGCUUAUUGCAACACAUGGAUCUGAGCGAACUUGAUCAUGUCAUUGUUCCGUACAAUAAACGAUUUAAAACUGUGGAAAAAUCAAUUCAUGACCCAGAAGUAACAAAAGUUAUUCCAAGUGGAUUAAAUACAAUGAUAUGCGUGAGAUAUAGUGAUAAGCAGAAAAUUUAUGUAGCGGAAAAUGGUGCCCCACUUCUGAAACUUUUCAACACAGAAGGACAUCUACUCGAUGUAUACAAACCAAAAAACAUUGUGAGAUUUUUUACUCCGACUAAGGAUGGCUUUUUGUACACUGCUUCAGAGGGUAUAAGAAAAGUAAAUGAUGUUGGAGACACGUUUCUAUUACCUCUGGAAGGCAGUCUCAGGGGCAUCGCAUUUGUCAAACCAGAGACGGUAUUCAUCUGCAAUAUCACACCUCCCAAAAUAUCCAAGUAUAAUAUGAAGGGCGAGAAACUUCUUGAAAUCGAACACAGUGAUGGGAAGCACCUUUUUCAGUAUCCCGACAAUAUUGCUAUAAAUGGCAAUGGGGACAUUUGUGUGACCAACCCGGAAUUUUUACUUUCUGAUAAAGGAACCUCAUCCGUGGUUGUUUUUAAUAGGCAAGGUGAUUUCCGUUUUUCCUACUGCGCACAUAAAGAUGAAUUAUUCCAUCCAGUAGACAUAUGCUGUAAUUCCAAUUCUGAUAUGAUUAUAGCUGACGAUGCAAAUAGCAAACUACACGUGAUAAACGAAGAUGGCCGCCUUCUAAGGUUCUUGACGUAUGAAGGAAUUCACAGGCCUUGUAGUGUUACCAAGGACAAUAAUGACAGACUGUAUGUGUCACAACUGGACGAUAAAUCUCUAAGAAUAAUUCAUUAUUUUUAUUAA